GUCAGGAGGCAGAAAUACCACUUCAGUCACCUGCCAAUAGCUGUGUGGACACUUCUACACCAUUGGGACAAAGAGAUCCUCAAAAAUAUAAGUCCAUAAUGUCAAAUUCUUCGGAUUUUGAGGAACCUCCAGAAAUGACAGAGAUGACCUCCACUGUAGACUUGGAAGUGUUGCCCCCUGACCUCCCUCCUCCUCUUCCUCCAGAGGAUGAAUGGCAACCAAUUCCUAAAAGAGCCAAUGAGCAUGCUCCUUCUUUGUCCUACUCCGUAUGUGGAAUAUUUCCUGUGAUCCUGGGUAUCUUCAGCCUGCUGCUUUUGAUAUUGUGUGGUUUCUUUGGUUAUCAGUACUUUCAAAGUGUUCAGGCAUCAGAGAAAAAGAUGAAGAGUCUUAAUCAAUGGAUUGAUUAUUUCCAAAUCAAAGCAGAAAUAUUUCCUCAGGUCCAAAAUGUUGCCAACCAAAAUAAAGAAAUCCUCGAGAGGAUCCAAAAACAGAACGCUUAUCUCACUGAGGCUGUGCAAGAACUAUCAGCCAAAGAAGGACACAUGUGUGCACAUCCUCCCCACCACCGGCUGCAGUACAGAGACCGCUGCUACUAUCAAACUGUAGAAAUGGUUUCCUGGCUAAACUGCUCAGAUCUUUGUGUUUCUUCAAAUGGUACAUUUUUGGAGUCUGAGAGGAGUAUGUUGAUGAACAUCAUGAAAUUACUUUCAGGAAAUCGUACUUGGCUUGGCCUGUCUUAUAAGGAGGAGGAGAACCAGUGGAAAUGGGGGGACGGCUCCUCUCCUUCACUUGGCCUGAAUCUGCCAGAACCAAGUGUGGAUUCCCAGGGGAAGUGUGUCUUUUUGCAUAAGCAGAAGAUUGGCAUUGAGAGCUGCAGUGCACCCUCCUCGUGCCUGUGUGAGAAGUCUGCUUAUGCUACAAACUCAGAAGAUUGCUAAGGAAGAGCUGAAAUUCACCUAUCAUUCUUGUUCCUAUUAUCUCUUUUAAUUUGAAACUUUUUUUGUUCAUGGAGUAAACUAUGAGUUUGAGACAGAAAGAGACAGAAUAUAAGAUUUAGAUUGAUGCAGCCUCUCAAAGUUAGAAAUUUAAGAACUUGGUUAUUUUGCUAGAAUUAUAUAAUUGAACAAAUAAAUGUAUUACUUGCCAUGAA